AUGCGGCUCAUUGCACUCGGCGCGCUCGUCGUUCUUCCCUGCCUUGCGGUUGCUCAGUCCUCUUCGUCCCAACAGCAAUCGCAACCGCAGGCGCAGACCAGCAGCCAAGCCUCAUCCCAAAAUCAAACUCAAUCCGUCCAGCUCUCGACGUCUCUCUCGACCAGCAUUGGCCUUGGCAACGGCCGACAAACAACCACCUCCGUCCUCACCACCGUCUUCACUGUCACUCCCACCCAGGCCUCCAGCGCGUCCGGCAACGGCACCAUCACCAGCAACGCUAGCGGAUCGGCGAGCUCGACAACCACGACGCCGACCACGUUGCCCACCGCCGCGACCGACGUGAACGGAGGCGGCAACGGUCCGAACGGUGCCCCCGUGCCCGGCGCCACCGCCGCCGGCGGUAUAUACGGCCCACCGGAUUCCUACAUCGCCGCUGCGGACUCAUUGAGGAUGAGUGCAUUGGUGAUGGCCGGAGUGAGCGUGGGUGCAGCACUGGCGGUGCUUGCGUAG